AGCGGAAUAUUUUCGUGUGUCAAUGGACUAAAUUGUAAUAAGCCAUUUUCUGUGGACUUUAUAUUUGUUGUAUUAUUUUUGAGUGUUAUCUUGCAAGUGAAUAAUAUCGAACACGAUGUUAAAACUUCAAAAAUUAUUAGAACAUUCAGAGAAGAUGUGUAGAAAAAUAUCACUGUGUCAGGUAUUAUCAAAGCCAGACAAAUUCGACACUGCUAACAAGGAAAGAAAGAGAGAAAUAAUGGCUAAAGGAUUGCCAAAGCAAAAGCCCAUCGAAGGAGUCAAGCAAAUUUUAAUUGUCGCUUCAGCGAAAGGAGGUGUCGGUAAGUCUACUACGAGUGUAAACCUGGCAACAGCUAUGAAAGCUGUGAUGCCAGAGAAGCAAGUGGGGUUACUAGACGCUGAUGUCUUUGGCCCCACAAUUCCCCUCAUGAUGAAUCUACAUCACGAGCCUUUCGUGAAUGACCAGGGACUGAUGGUCCCACUCGUGAAUUACGGGGUUAAAUGUAUGUCCAUGGGUUUCCUGGUGAAUCAGAAAACCCCGAUGAUCUGGCGAGGACUCAUGGUGAUGAGUGCCUUGGAGAAACUCCUGCGUCAGGUAGCCUGGGGGCCUCUAGAUUACCUGAUCGUGGACACACCACCAGGGACAGGAGACACUCUUCUGUCGUUGAUUCAGAAUAUUCCAGUGAGUGGAGUUUUGAUCAUCACGACUCCCCAUAAAGCUGCCUCAAAAGUUACCAGACGUGGUGCCGAAAUGUUCCAAAAGCUGGACGUACCUGUAGUUGGACUUGUGGAAAAUAUGAGCAGCAUUUCUUGUCCAAAAUGUACUCAUGAGAUUUUGUUUCCUGGGACAGGAGGUGUAGAACUCGCUGAAGAACUAGGUCUCAAAUUCCUCAAAAGAAUUCCUCUCCACGAAUCAAUAAGCCUGGGUGGAGACGUUGGAACGCCAAUAGUCGCAUCAUCACCGGAUUGUCGACAAUCAAAGUUAUAUAAAUCUCUUGCCCAAGAUGUCAUUGAUUUUUUGCAGAACGAAUAAAAAAAAUAGAACAUAAUUUAAACAUUUGAAUAUU